GUUCCGGGUAUUUAGCAGCUACGGCAGGCGUGGCAAACACGGCUUGUUUUUGUGAAAUCGCGUUCGAGACAAGAAAGCUUGCCAGUUUUUAAGCGCGCGCCACGUUAGCGUUCGAAGAGGCCCGACUGGACAAACCCAAGGGGGGUACCACCCGGCGCCGUUUUUUGUGACACCGGCGCGCUGUCCCGGCGUGUGAUAUUCAUCGAUUUGUAUGCUCCCCCUCCGGGCUCUUCCGGCGGGCUUUCCGGUGUUUUAGCUAGCUGCGAGAGAGUGCCGCGUCUUAGUUCUCAACUACCCGGCUGCCUAAUAACCGGGGGACGUCCAUUUGACAUCGUUUUAUGAGGUCAAUCAGGCUACAGUCGUCGCCGGCUCUUGGGAUUUAGAACGGCGCCGGCCGAGACGACCUUCGCGCAGCUAGACUCAACACAACAGCGGCGAGCGCACUGCGUACGAAAAACUCUGACCACAGCUGUUACCAGCCGACGAGUUUAUCUCAAAGAUGUGGCGAAACAUAUUUGGAAGGUCGACGACCAUCUACAUGGAAGUGGCGGACAACCCGGUGCUGGGUCCGUCGGAGCAAGCCCCGGACAUGCGGGCAGGCGGCGACAGCAAGGAUAUCGAACUGCACACGAGCCUCACACGUGAAGACAGCAUUGUGUGGGACCCGAAGCCGUGCAACUGCGUUGCCGACGGACCAAAGUGUCGCGAGUGCAUGGCGUCGGGGAAGAGCACCGUAAAGGUGCAGAUGGAGUCGUGGUCCGUUGAGAAGACUGUGAUAUUCGGCAUAAUCCUCGGCGCUUUCUUCAUCUGGGCUGUAGUGUUCGGAAUCUGCCUCAACGUGUUCAAGCUCUAAAAGUGUUCAGUGCAGGGUCUGUGUGUCGCGUUAGUUCUUUUUUUUUACUCUUGAAAAGCCUUGCCGUGCAAGCAGUUUAC